AUGGCCGAGCAAGGUCAUACACCGUCUACGCAAAAGGGGUUUAUCCCUCUUAUCAACAAGGUCAAUAAUGUACCCCUUGACUUCGACUUCAAUACCCUGUACAAGCUCUUACUCCCUAAUGAUACACGUCCGCAUGGGUUCAUGGUCCCAAAGACCGCCGAGCGUCUCCCGUGGACCUCUGACUUCCAAAUUGAUCACGAUGAGCGCACCGUUCGCCUCUUGGAUACCACGGCCAAGGAUGGCCCAGACCCAGGCAAGGCUGCCACCGCCGCCUUACAACGCGUUGUCGACGCCGCCAUCGACAACUCUGACAGGUUUCCCACCCUUAGCGGCCGGCACAGUGAACCCUUCCGAGUUUUGGGCGCCAAUCAUUUCGUCUCCAUCGAGCGCUUUCCCGCUCCGCUGUUCGGAAUCUCUUCGCGGGGCGCCCACAUGACAGCCUACGUGAAAACUGCUGAUGGAAUCAAGAUUUGGGUUCCUAGGCGCAGCGCUCAUCUGUUCACGUUCCCUGAUCUUCUGGAUACUACGGUUGCUGGAGGUGUCAAGGCAGAAGAUUCGCCGUUUGAUUGCAUCGUUGCCGAGGCCACCGAGGAGGCCUCGCUUCCUGCCGACUUUGUCAAGGACAACGCGCGCGCUGUAGGCGCGGUGACAUAUGUCAGCAUGAACGAGCAGAAGGGUACUUUCUUCCCGACCGUGCUCUACUGUUACGACUUGGAGCUUCCCGAGUCGAUUGAGCCGGUGCCUGGCGACGACGAGGUGUCCGGUUUCAAGCUCAUGACGGUAGCGGAGAUUAAUACGGCUAUGCUCGAGGAGCAGUUCAAGCCGAACUGUGUGCUGGUCAUGCUCGACUUUUUCAUCCGGCACAACAUCAUUAACUCGGAAAAUGAGGAGGAUUAUGUCGAUAUCUUGACAAGACUACGUCGACACCUACCGGUACCUACGUCUCCUGAGCGUAGGUCAUGA